AUGGCGUCGGGUUUCGUGCAUGUAAGGUGUUUUGGGUGGGUGCUGUGGCAGAUGCUGGGAGCAUUGAGUCAAUUAGAAGUGAGCAGCGACAUCUGGGAGCAGGUGCUGCAGCAGGCUUUAGAUAUUCUGCCGGAGUUAGUGGACGAACCACUGGCGGCAGUGAUGAGCUUCGUGUUCAAGGCUGCUACCGAGAGCCAACAGUUGCUGCGAGCGGUUGCGGCAGUGCGGAGAAGGUUCAAAAAGCUGGGCCCGGCUGUCUCUCCUCGGGUGCUGGAUGUGGUGCGGAGCACUGUGAGCAGCAAUGCAGACGUGGCGGAAGCACUACUGCGGGACAUCGAUAACGAUUCCGAUCGCAGCGAGACUGAUAUUACAACGGCAGGAAUAAACAUAGUGUUUGGAGACAACCGGGAUGGCGAUGGAGCCGCUCAAUUGCAGGCAGCAGCUGAGAAGGUGGCAGCGUCUUGUUGGAGGGUUGCCGAUGUGGACUUUCUGGUUGAAAUGUUGACGAUGCCGACGUUGAGAAUAGAGGCCCAACGUGUGUUCGAGCGAGCGAUUGCGCGGGGGGCUUUCGGGGAGCAAUCAGUAGUCAUGGUGCUGGAAAGACGACGAUCUCAGCGGCUCAUUCUCGGCACUCGAAUGGGUGCUAGUGCUGGGAAUGCAGCGGCAUCCCAUGUUCAGGAUCCAUUGAUGCCUGGGACUCCAGGCGGAGGAAUUGACUACUUACAUCCUGUGGAAGAGGAUGUGGACUUCCCCGCAGUUCUUCAGCUCGCGGAAGCUCUGGCCCUGUCUCGCGAUCUAAGAGUUCGCGAGUUCGUGUCGACGAUGUACGCGGUUAUGUUCAAAGUGUACGGCGACGAGGGUUAUCAUGAGCGUAUGCUGAGGGGUCUUGUAGAGCGAGCAACCAGUAGCACUAGCGGCCCACACGAGGUAGAGUUAGGAAUGGCUAUACUGACGUUCUUGGUGCGGGAGGAGGAAGGGACGGCGCGUCCUGUGUUGAGCAUGAUGUGUAAGGUGGCCGAAGCGGCGAACGGGGAGCGGAACGUUUUGUGGCAGCAGCUACGAGCUCGGGAAGAUGACAUCGUACGAUUGAGGAACGAGCGCCAAGCAGAGUUGGCUCGAGUAUCUCGAGAGAAGGCCGUGUUGUCUCAAAGACUUGUGGACGCCGACAUAGCGCAAGGUCGAUUAAAGGCGGAAAUGAGAGCAGAGAUCGACAGAGUGGGUCGUGAAAAGAAAGACAUGGCCGAGCGGAUUCGGGAAGUUGAGAAUCAGCUGGAAUGGGUGCGCUCCGAGCGAGAGGAGGAGAUCGGGAAGCUCCUGAACGAGAAGAAGGGGCUACAGGACCGGCUGAGGGACACCGAGGCCCAACUUGCGCAGCUCAAAUCGCGUAAACGAGAUGAGCUGAAGAGGGUUAUGAAAGAGAAGAAUGCGUUGGCUGAGAGAUUAAAGACCGCGGAAUCCGCGCGGAAGCGAUUCGAUGAAGACAUCAAGCGAUAUGCGACGGAGUCGGUAACCCGAGAAGAGAUUCGGCAGUCCCUCGAAGACGAGGUCCGCCGGCUGACUCAAACAGUAGGCCAGACGGAGGGAGGGCUCAGGGAGAAGGAGGAGCAGGUGAUGCGGUGCGAAGCGUACAUCGACGGAAUGGAGUCGAAGCUGCAUGCUUGUCAGAAUUACAUCCAAACGCUGGAGGCGUCUUUGCAGGAAGAGAUGUCUAGACACGCGCCGCUGUACGGGGCCGGUCUUGAAGCACUGUCGCUGAGCGAGCUAGAGACGCUAGCGCGCAUCCAUGACGAAGGGCUGCGGGCGGUCCGGUUACUGCAGCAGCAGAGAGGGGCGGGGGGUGCGGAGCACAUGGCGAACAUGGAGUCCAUGGCAAACCACUCCCCACUCCCUCCGCCUUUGGGCAUGUAUGCAACUCCACCACCGAUCGCCGUGGGGAUGCCCUCCAUCAUGGCGAACGGGAUGAGCGUGCACGGUAACGGGCACAUCAACGGCACCGUGGGGCCGUGGUACCCUCCAACUUAAGCUUAUGAAAAUUGCCGGGUUGUAUUCCCGGGGGGGAGGGGGGUGGCGGGGGGAGGUGGGCAUGCGCACCUCAUGUUACUUCAGCGAACGAAUGUUUUAGAGUAAAAUUAUUUCUUUUAUUCCGCCUUGGACAUGCGGUAUCACUUGGCUACUACUUGUCUCGGUGUGUCGGUGCAACUGUGAUGUGUGUAUCAUUGGAGUUCAGCCCAGAGCUGAAAGCGGGUCCGGGGUGGUGUGAGGAACGGACCAACCGGUGGAGGGUUUGGAUAGUCGUCAGAACAGGGCUUGCGUUGAAUGUGUGGAUGUGCGGGUUGGGAAAGGUGUUCAAACUGGUGACAAACUGAUUCAGGUGAUGUGGGUUUAGUAUAAGUUCAUCCAGAAGGACUUUAAGGGUGGCUACCACAAUAAUUAUGCGGAUAACAUGGUGUGUGAAUAUGAUGAACUGUCUGUGCCGGCACGAAAGCCUACAAAUGCACCGACAAAGCGUUGAGGAUUUCAUGCGUCUUA